UCGAGAUUUGUUGGAGACUAGACCAGACAGUGCAACUUCGCCAGGCUAUUGUGAUCUCCGCCCGAGUGCAAUAGCAAGUACUGAUUUGCCUCAGUCCUUUUUGGCGGAAGUGCGUUGUUCACGGUCGCCAUGUCUCACGAUCCGAGGUACCCUUACGGCUAUCCGCCACCAGCCGGCUACCCGCCACCAGCCGGCUAUCCACCACCACCCUACCCUCCCGCGCCCGGCUAUCCGCCUCCUCCGGCCGGCUACCCACCUCCUCCCUCCGGCUACCCGCCUCCUCCCGCGGGCUAUCCGCCUCCCCCGGGCUACUACCCCCCCCCUCCGGCAGGGUACCCUCCGCCACCACCGCACUACCACCAUGGCGCUGUGGGCCAUUACGGCAUCAACCACAGCUUGGCGCAUGGCAUAGCUCACACCAUGCACCUCUUCGGAAAGAGGAAGCACAAGGGGCACUUCGGAUGGGGGAAGCACAAGGGGUACCACCAUCACCACUACGGCCACCACGGCCACCACUAUGGAAAGUGGAAGUAACCACUAAGAACCUGAGUGCGGAGAACAGAGCAACAGGAGCGGUAUAUGCCUGUUAAAUCUUACUGUGAUGUUUGCCUGUGGAAGUCGCUGGCUGUCUGGCCUCCCGUUACAACUGUUGUAUGUGCUCUCAUGUACAGAAGUGUGUAUACGCCUUGUCAUUAUUGAAGUGCUGCUGUGGAGGGGUAAAUUCCUUGUACUGAGUUGAAUAAACGUUGUUGGUUACAUUCUCAUCCCGUGUAUUG